GAAGAGUCUUUGUGCCCUUGUCUUCUUACUAGUCUUUCUCUUACAAUCAGAGAAAUUCUGAAGUCCGACACCGUUCCCGGCGACUCCGGCCACCGUUGGAUUUCAAUUGGUUCUUGCUUUUGAACGGUGCAGUAAAGAGGCAUGGCUGACAAAGAGGAAGAGUCGGCAAUGCCAAGGGACGCGAAGAUUGUGAAGUCUUUGCUGAAAUCAAUGGGCGUAGAAGACUACGAACCUCGCGUCAUUCACAAGUUUCUAGAGCUAUGGUAUCGCUACGUUGUCGAUGUGUUAACCGAUGCACAAGUCUAUUCAGAGCAUGCUGGAAAAUCUGCAAUUGACUGUGACGACGUUAAGCUUGCGAUUCAGUCCAAGGUCAACUUCAGCUUCUCGCAACCACCCCCUCGUGAGGUGCUUCUGGAGUUGGCUCAAAACCGCAACAAGAUACCGUUGCCAAAGACUAUAGCAGGACCUGGUAUCCCACUUCCACCUGAUCAGGACACAUUAAUCAGUCCUAACUACCAGUUUGCAAUUCCUAACAAAAGGCCUGCCGAACCUUUAGAAGAAACAGAGGAUGAAGAAGCUACCAUUCCCAAUCCCUCUCAGGAAGACGUGCAGCCGAAUCCCCAUCAGAGAGUGUCAUUUCCCCUGCCCAAACGCCAAAAGGAUUAAUUUGAAGUCCCAUCCGUCACUAAUGUUUUAGUGUAGCUCUUGUUUAAUUGUUGUACAACAGUGUUAGCUACUAAAAUCUAUAUAAACCGUAGCACGCUUGAUUUAUUGUGUAAAAUCCACUAGGAAAUGGUUUCCAAACGUCACUCAUUCUGGUCAGAUUAUGUCUUAUUAUCUGUGGUUGGUUUCGAGACUUGCAAAUUCUGUUAGAAAUUCAAUUUUAAGUAUUUCUAACGAGUUGAAGUUUUUUACUGUA